AUGGGAUCCAAUCACUCUUUACCAGCGAACUACAGCGCUGCGGCGUAUGCAGUCUUGACGUUGAAUAUCAUCUUAACAACUGCAGCUGUGGUAGGAAGAGCCGUAUCGCGCAAGCUUAUGACAGCAACGCUCUCGGCGGACGACACACUUACAUAUAUUGCCUACUCUGCCAAUCUUGGGCUUUUGGUCUCCGGCCUGCUUCUGAUUGCUCUUGGGUCCGUCAAUCUCGACGAUGUAUUAGUCCAAAGCGAUGAAAAGCGACACUUCAUGAGAGCCGCAUACAGUUCUUUAGCUAUUCUCUACGUUUGCACCAUCACGUUCAUCAAGCUAUCUAUACUCUUCCUUUAUAGAAGGACAUUUACGAUGUUCGAGGCAUGGUUCAGAUGGGCGUGGUGGAGUCUAAUGCAUCUCAUCAUCUUGUGGACAGCAACCUGCGUUAUCCUGCUCGCUCUUCAUGGAGUGGGACAGAUGCCGAAGACUGGAUUUUCGAGACUUGGCGUAUCUAUCACCGGAAUUGUCAAUGCCUUCUCGGACAUUUUGCUUCUGUUGAUACCAACGGUAAAGAUUUAUAGGAUGAAGCUACAGAGGAAGCAGAAGAACGCGUUGAUCUCAAUUUUUGGUAUUGGAGGAAUCGCCGCAAUUAUAUCUACUGUCCGCGCAACCAUAUUCUUUAUGAAUCGCGAUAACCAGCUUAACGAAGCAUACUCCAAUUACCUUGACAUAGUUCUUGCCGCCACGGAAUCUUCAGCUGGCCUCAUGUGCGCUUGCCUCCCUCUCACCAAGCCUGUCGCCACCCGCCUCACGCGAUGGAUCCAGCGAUUGCGAGGAUCGAACACUGAACACCAAGGCUGGACUACCGUUUCCACAUCCCAGAAGAGCAUAAGCAAAGAAACGGAUCGGACGAUUUUGAGAAUCGAUGACUACCAUAUCCAAUUACUGCCUAUUGCUCUGUCGACAAGUACCCAGUCUGGGUCUAGGUUGGAGCGAGAAGCCAUGGUGAUAGAGAAGCCCUGGCAGAGCAUGGGUCCAUAUGAGACGACAACAUACUGCGAAUCGCAUAGACCUUAG